ACAUAUAUAAAAGCGGAGAACGCCGCGCGCCGCGCCGCGACGCGGAGCGCCGGCGGAAUCCAUAAAUAAAACAAUUGGUUAUAUACAUAUGUUUUUCAAAUCGACGAAUGCUAUUAUAUAUUUUGUAUUGAGCACUCUCUCUCACUCACUCGGGGGGAGAAGGACGCGGACGGACGAAGGCACGCCGACGCCCGACGACUAUCUCGCGCGUCUGUUUUUAUUCAAGAGUGGCACGACGUCUCGCGUCGCGACGCGCCGUGCCGUGGCCGCGCGGCUUAUAAUCUCGCCCAAUCCGCGGCUCCACUCAUAUAAAGUAUACGGCAGAACAAAAAAAGAGGGAAAAUCGUUAUAGAAUAAUCAACGAGGGCCGCUCGCUUCGUUUCGCUCGUUCGUUCGUACGUUUCGGCGCCGGGAGACAUAUAGACACGCGCGCGCCUUCCUUCUCCUCGGAACCGAGGAUGCGUCGCCGUUGCCCGUUGAGAUUAAUCAUUCGCGUCUGGUAUUAAAAAUUCGAUCGUGGGAGGGAAAAAAAAUUUAAGAAAAAAAUCGCGAGGCUCCAAAUAAGUCUUCCAACCGUGGAACGAGAAGAAAAAACUUGGUCCUCCCUUCCCCCGGCGUACUAUUUUUUUCUCAUUUUUUUUCUCGCCUCUCUCGCUCCCGUCUGACUUCCUGCCGUCUUUUUUUCCCUCCUUUUUUUCCCUUCGCUCCCGUUUUUUUUUUUUUUUUUUAAAUAUGGGCACGGCGGCACGCGAUCUCGAUCGGCGAGCGGACGAGGACCGGCGAUCCGGUGCGACUCAGUGCCGGAUCUGUGCGGCCGACAUCGCCCUCGACGACGGGAUGCACAUCUUCUCCGAGGACGGCCGCCGUCACUACCUGCAGACCAAGAUACGGAAAUAUCUGCAUAUCCUGGUGUCAUUGGAGGACAAAUUUUCAAAAAUGGUCUGUUCUAUAUGCAUUAAGAGACUGGAGGGUGUCCAUCGCUUUGCAAUGAUGGCAUACCGUACCCAAGAAAAGUUGAGAUCACAGCUCUAUAGUAACGUUGACAAUACAAAUCCUGUACAAGAUGAUGAAAUGCAGAAUAUUAAAGAUACUGCUAAAAAGACAGAAGAUCGAGGGUUGUUGCAUUCAAUAUUAACAAAGGGUGUGAUAGAAAUUUUAACUGAAGAUGAGCCAUUGGGACCAUCAGAAUUAAAUUCCCAAGAAGACAAACGACAUACUCCAAGCAUGGAGGAAAUGGAAGUAAAAGUAGAUCCAAUGUUAUUUUUACAAUGCGGUAUGGAACAGUCUGCAUCGGAAGCUUCGGAUUCCUCGGACAACGAGGAAGAAAUAACAGAGACACAUUCACCUGAGCCACUACCUUUAACAAACAAAAAUAUUGAAGUGGAAGAAGAAGACGAAGAGAAAAAAGAUGAAGGCGAGUCUAAAUUACAAGAGGACAGUGAAAAAAUUACGUCUAACGCAUCAACCAAACCACAUGAAUGUACAAUAUGUACCCGAUCUUUUAUAUCGCAAAUCAGUUUGCAAAAUCACUUGUGGUCACACUUACCCAGAGAAAGAAGAUUUGACGGAAAGCCUAUUUCACAAUCUCAACAUGUUUAUUCCACAAAUGGUGUACUUCACACGAAUAGUGAUAACAAUUCGUCCAGCAAUUUCAUCUGUCCAAUCUGCAGUAAAAAGAUUUCUACAAAGGGAAAUUUGAAGGUGCAUUUAGAGACCCACAGGCCUAAGGGAAAAUAUGGAUGUGACAUAUGUGGCAGAAUUUUUAAAACGCAAUCGAAUCUCUUCAGACACAAGGAAUAUCACGGCGGCAUACAGUUUCCAUGUAAUGUAUGCGGAAGAGUAUAUCCAACAAAUUCAACGUUACGUGCCCAUAGUAUAACGCAUUCGGAUUUAAGACCGCACGCAUGCCCACUUUGUGAUAAGACGUUCAAGCGAAAUCAGGAUCUAAAAUUCCACAUAAAUCAGCAUACGGGUGCGAGGCCUUAUCAGUGUCCUUACUGUCCGAAAGCUUUCGCGAGCUCCGGCAACUGUUUUUCACAUCGUAAAAGAAUGCAUCCUCGGGAGGUCCAUCGGGAUCGACAAAGAGCAGCGGAUUUAAUGAGAUGAACCAUGGGUAGUCAGUACGAAGACUGGUCUUAGAAUCUUAAAUAAAUAUUCUGUCGAGUGAUGAUCACGUAUCAGUAUCUGUCGUAAACUUUAUUUCCAAAAAGUAACGGUGCUAAUGUACGAAAAGAAAAAAUUUUGUAUACUUUAUUGUUUUUAACUUAUUUAUAUACAUUUAGCAUUAAGUAUGUUGUUGUUGGUAUUAUAUACUUUGUUAGUUAUUUAAUGGAUAUGUCUUUCUACUGUCUAAUAGGAGGGUGUUUGUUAAUAUGAGAUAUUGGUGAACUUCCAGCGUUGUUAGUGAACCUAGCGAUGAAGUACUUUACUACAUUAGCAGAGAAUGUAAGUUUGAAAUUUCAUAACCAGAUUUUAAGUAUUGAUACUUCUAGUCUUAUUUUUAAAGCAUAUUAAUGCAAUUAUAUAUAUUACUUUAAUAAUAGCAAAUAAUAAUUGUUAAAUGUUUUUAGAAAUAUAAGUAUUAUUUAAAGUUGACAGAUGUUAUUUGUUAUCAGAAAUUAAUUUAGCAGCAUAUUUUAUUUUUGUGAUAAAAAUAUUCUCUCCACACUGCCAUUUUACGCAUAUACUUUAGUUUUAAUAUUUUUUUGACACUCUUAAAACAGUAUUGGCAUAGAUGAUAAAAAUUAUUAUUUAUAAUUUAUUUUUAUAAAAAAGGAAUUUAUAUAUGUAGCAAAGUAUAUUGUAAAACUAGUUUUAUACUCUAUGCGUACAUACAUUAUCUUAACUGCUCUGUGAUAAUUGUAUUGGUACUGAUCGUUUUUUUAUCUGGUUAUGAAAUUGACAACUCAUCGGCUGAUAUAUAUAUAUAUAUAUAUAUAUAUAAUAGGAAUAUUAUUCUCUAUGAGCAUAUAGAUUAUACAUGAUUGCAGCAUUAUUCAAACAGUGAAGAUUCUAAAGAAAGACAGUUAUUUUAUUCACAACAAUCGAGAAGGGAAUUUCACAGGGAACUUUAUACGGGACAUAUAUCGACCAAAAAGAGAAAAAAAGAGAAAAUUUGUGGAAAGAAAAAAAAUUUUGUAGUCUGUGACAUAUUUUUAGCACAAUACGAACAUCAUCAUAAAUAUUAAGACUGUAUACGAAAAUUAUGUGUCAAAUUAGGUAGUAAUUUUAAGGAUCAACACACAAGACCCAACGUUUCAGUCAUAUGAAACAAAUCUAGUCGUCGCAGUAUUAAUUAUCGAUAAGCAAGACGUAGAAGCCAUAGUCGAUAUUAUACAAAUACGAUCGUGACGUUAUUCUUAUAAGCAAGAUAUAUAAGAUAAAUGUUAAACAGAAGUCUGAGUAGUUUUAUAGGGAGGCAUAAUUAAGUUAAUUAUUAGUUCGUGUAACGUAGAUAAUAGUCCGUGCUUCCGUAUAAUGUAAACAUCCGCACACAUGCUGAAACACCGCAGAAGGCAGAAAUAAAGAGUAUACAUAUGCCCAAGAAAGAAAUACACAUACAACAGUACACACGCAUACACACACAUAAACAGUAAUAAGUAGUGUACUAUAUAUCGCAGAAAUGAAGAAAAAAAGACACGUGUAAUCACAUUAUUAAUGCAGCAUUAUUAGCUCAUAGAGAUUCAAGCGUGUAUUUUGCGAUUACGUUUUUCUGGAUGCUUGCCGACGUAUGUUAUAUAUACAUACUUAUAGAAAUAGGCAACAAUAAAUAUGUAUAUGUAUACAAAAAUAAUCAAUUUUUGAUAAAAGGAGAGUAUCCGAGGUGAUCUAAUGCUCGCGGCUCAAUCGUCAUCAUACUUGCAUCUUAGAUCUUAGAGAAUCAAAAAUUGAGUAUUUUUCUAAAGCGCCAAGACACACCAAAGCCCUAGUAAUCGGGACUAGUGAUUAACAAUACUUCAGAAGUGCCAGUUGUAAUGCAAAAAAAUUAAAGUAGUGUAUUCAGCAGCAGACAAAUACUGAAGGAACAUUUUGUAGAGUUAGUUAGCGAACGGAAUACACACCAUCUGUGACAUAUAUAUAUAAAUAUAUAUAUAUAAAUAAAUUCGUUGUAUAAAACAAUGAGUCGAAUUGCAUUCACAUUCGCACGAAAAGAAAGACGCACGUGUCUCUUCAAAAUUAAUACGUGUAUUAUCGAUAAUUAAAACGACGACUAUGUAAUUACGAAUAAAAGCGAUUUCAAACAA